UCUGGACGUACGUACGGACUGGGGAAUGAGAGGCUGGAGACCUCAUGUCCCUUGACCUGGGGUUCCUGGCUGAUGCAAAAUUGAAUAUAAAUCAGCAGUGCCCUGGCAGGCAGGAGGGCCAGCUGUGUACUGGAGGGUAGCAGGCCGGCAAGGGGGGGCAUUGUCCUGCUCUGCUCUGCUCUGCUCUGCACUGGGCGGCCUCACCUCAAGUGCUGGGGACAGUUCUGGGUAGUACAAUACAAAAAAGACAUUAAACUAUUAGAGAGCUUCCAAAGGAGAGCUAUGAAAAUAGUCAAGGGUCUAGAGGGGAAAACACAUGAGGAGUGGCUGAGGUCGCUUGGUCUGUUCAGCCUGGGGGAGACAGGGGAGACCUCACUGCAGUUGCAACUCCAUCAUGAGGGGAAGCAGAGGGGCAGACACUGAUCUCUGUGGUGCACAGUGACAGGAAAUAAGGGAAUGGCCUGAGGUUGUGUCAGGAGAGGUUUAGGCUGGAUGUUAGGAAAAGGUUUUUCCCCCAGAGAGUAAUUGGGCGCUGGAGCAGGUUCCCCAGAAACCUGGUCACAGCACCAAGCCUGCUAGAAUUCAAGAAGCAUUUGGAAGAUGCUCUCGGGGACAUGAUGUGAUUCUUGGGUUGUCCUGCGUAGGGUCAGGAGUUGGACUUCAGUAAUCCUUAGAACUCAGUAUCUGUGACAUGGGAAGAAGGUGCACCUGGGGCUACACUACAGGCAGGCGAUCUUCACAGCUGCUGUCUCUCAUGGGCUGUGCUCUUAACUCCUGUGGUGUCCUUAGCAAGACUCAGACCAGAUGCAAGCCCUGGCUGGUCCAUGGGACUCCUCACCCAGAAAAUGGAAAAGCUGGUUGCUUGUGUACAAAAAAGGCCAAAUGCUGUUUGUAGACUGAUUUGCUUUCCAUGGGCUGGAAGUGGAACUUCACAACUUGCUCAAUGGGGCAGACUCUUCAGCGACUCAAUUGAAGUAUUCUGUAUAAGGCUUCCUGGAAGAGAAACUCGUCUUGAAGAGCCUUUUGCAAAAGACAUGACAAGUGUAGUUAAUGAAGUUACAAGUGUUUUGUUAAAAGAAUUGAAAGAAAAACCAUUUGCAUUUUUUGGUCACAGUUUUGGAACAUACAUGAGUUUUGCCGUUGCACUACAUUUGAAAGAAAAGUACGGACUGGAGCCAGUCCAUCUUUUCAUGUCAGCAGCACAUGCCCCAAAUUCUGCAGCAUAUCUUGCCGUCAAAAGCAUAGUCCUACCUGAUGGACACCAUGACCUUCUUGCAAUUAUGGAGAUUCUAGGAGGAAAUUUUGAGCUUCCACAUGAUGAAGAUGUGUGGAGAGAUACGGCGCUUACUUUCAAAGAAGACGCUAGACUUUUUCAGACCUUUUCAUUUGAGAAGACAGAAAUGAAUACCCUCUUCUCUUGUGAUAUUACCUACUUUUGUGGAUCUGAUGAUAAAAUAUAUGAUGCAAAAGGUUGGCGAGAACUAAUAAGUGGAGAUACUUCCUUUUAUGAGCUUCCUGGAGAUCACCUUUAUCUGCUGAAACCAUGUAAUGAAAGCUUCUUGAUAAAACACAUCACAAGAAGCAUAGAAAAUGGUCUAUGAGUAUUUCCCUCAAUUUUAAUAGCUGGGUAAGGUUAGUCCACAGCAAUUUGUAAUAAGUCACUUCUUUCCCCACAUUGCAUGCAGUUAUGCCUCGAAGUUGUUUUGUUCCUCCUCUGUAAUCCUUUAUAAGGGGGAGUUUUCCUGAUGUUUUGGAAACAAACAUUGGCUUUGAGUCUUAAAAAAGGUUUCAUCUUUUCCUUCUUCUCUUGCACGUGUA